CGGCCCACUCCGAGAUGUUCUCCCGUCUGCUCCCGCGCCGCCGCCACCACCACCGCCUCCUCCUCCAAACCCUACCGCCGGCGGCCGCCGCCGCCGCAGUGAAAAUACUCCGACGGCUGCAGUGUUAUUCAGCGGCUUCCUCGAGCCCUAGCCUCUCGAUAUGGAGGCGGAAGAAGGAGAUGGGGAAGGAGGGCCUGAUGGCGGUUGCGCAGCUGAAGCGGCUCGCGGCGCUGCCCCCGGCCGGCGGGAGCCCGCGGCUGGAGCAGUUCAUGCGCUCGCACGUGUCGCGUCUCCUACGCACCGACCUCCUCGCUGUGCUCGCCGAGCUACUCCGCCAGGACCACGUCCUUCUCUCCAUGAAGAUAUAUGGUGUCGUGCGGAAAGAAAUAUGGUACCGCCCUGACAUGUACUUCUAUCGGGACAUGCUAUAUAUGCUAGCUAGGAACAAGAAGAUUGAGGAGACAAGGCAGGUCUGGGCAGAUCUUAAGUCUGAAGACGUUCUGUUUGAUCAGCACACCUAUGGUGACAUCGUUAGGGCCUUCUGUGAUGCUGGUUUGAUUGAUCUGGGAAUGGAAUUCUAUGAAGACAUGAGAAGCUCUCCAGAUCCACCCCUCUCAUUGCCAUUCCGGGUUAUCCUGAAAGGCCUGGUUCCAUAUCCUGACCUAAGGGAGAAGAUAAAGCAGGAUUUUCUAGAACUCUUCCCUGAUAUGAUUGUAUAUGACCCGCCAGAUUGCUUGUCAGAUGUGGAUGAUGAAUUCAAAUUUUAAUAUAUUACAUUUUCUGAAAUUCAUUUCUGAAGGCUUCCUGAAAAUACUGUGAAAAAGUACAGAAAGCUCAAUUGCUCA